AUGACCAUCCUGGCUUUGAGCGGUACCGCUGGGCAGGGCUGUUGGGCUGCUGGAACUAGGUUUCUGUGCCGCCAGCUUGCAUGCCUGCUUACCUGCAAUGUCUACAACUUCACGCCGGCUCGCGCUUUUCCACUUGCUUCUUCCAUUUUGUUCGUCGAGAUCAGGGCAACGUUUUGGCGCCCGGCCAAGGUUGGCCUUUUUACGAGGCUGUUGACUUUGGGAUAUUCGACGCUUGCGUCGCCUUAUUCCUUGACGGCUCUGUUCGCCAUUUGGUCUUUUGGGGGAGAGGAGGCCGCCUGCUUGAAACCUGUUAUUUGGCCUUUCCUUUCUCAAUUUGUAGCAUCCUAUCUUUGCAUGAUUGGCAUCGGACUCUGUUCGUCGGUUUCGAAAAAGUCUCUAUGCCAUCCGUGA